CCAUUGUGUACAGUUUCGUUGACAGUCCUCCAUUUUUUGGACGGUUGACAAAAACUCAGUUUUCCACAUUUGAACAUGUCAACCAACAAUUUGCUUUUGAUGGACGAUGAUGCAGAGGCACUGGACGAGAGCGAGAUGCCGCCUCGAAUGCGCUGGCCGCAAACCACAGCUCCGAAACGACCCAUCCCAAGACCGCCGUCUGCGCUGCCGGCCGACUACAGCGGCGGCGGGUAUGACGCAAAGCCCAGUGGCGUCGUUGACUUUAGCAGCCCGGCUGGUGGCGGCGGCGGCGGUGGGAGCGCAUCGGGCAUUGCUCCGAGACUUCGCCGCUGUCGCCAGAUUUGCGGCGCAGCGGCCAGCGCAUUGUCGGCGAUUGAGCUGUCGCUCGUUCUGAUUGCAACCAUCACUCCGCAUUGGUUCCAAGUGUCGGACGACAUUAACAUGGGCAUCUGGACGGUGUGCUACACGUCGACGAAUUACUGCGGAGCUUUGAACGAGACGUUUGUGGACACGGAAUCGCUCAAUUUCCUCCAAAUUAUGCGCGCGUGCAUGAUUAUCGCUUCGUUCGCGGCGGCUUUCAGUCUAUUGCUGGCAAUCGGUCUGGGUUCUGCGCGAUGCAAGCCUCACUGGGGUUUGGCUCCCCAGGUCAUUGCAGCGAUCGCGACCAUCAUUGCUUUCAGUGUGGCGGUUCAAUACCACAACAAAUUCACCAACAAUGGAGACGGAGACUAUGCACUGUCCCUCUGCUGGUACUUUACUUUGGCGGUAUGCGCGUUGGCUCUGCUCAACGUGGGUUUGCUUCUGGGCGCGCGACGACUCGAGGUGCGGGCACUUCCAGUCCAAGUAGCAGUGUCCAUGCAAACCGUUCCUUUGCUCGCCUUUGUCGACGACUAAUUUGUACAGCAACACG